UCGCGCCCCGCCCUCCGAGCUGCGCGGCUGCGGCGCGGCCAUGGAGCUGCCGCGGGGGCUGCUGCUGGCCGUCAGCGAUGAGCUGGACCGGGCCGAGCUGGCGGCGCUCAAGUUCCUCAGCCGGGACCACCUCCCCCGGAGGAGGCUGGAGGCCGUGCGGAGCCCGUACGACUUGUUCGAAGCGCUGCAGGAGAACUGCUUGCUGGAGGCGGGGAACCUGGCCUUCCUCAGGGAGCUGCUCUACCACAUCGGGCGGAUCGACCUCCUGGUUGCCCACCUGGGCUCCAGCCGGGAGCAGGUGGAGAAGGAGCUGCGGGCGCCGGGCGGGGCGCGGGUGCCGCCCUUCAGAUACUUGCUCUUUCAGCUGUUUGAAGAUGUCACCGAAGAUGAGCUGAUGUCUUUCAAGUUACUUUUGGUCAACGAAUUGCCAAAAAGCAAGCUAACCCGUGAGACUACAAUGCUUGACAUUCUCACUGAGAUGGAGAAGAAGGGCCUUCUGGGGAAAGACAACCUAAGUAUGCUGAAGAGUCUCUGUGAAAAAAUUAACAUCAGCCUGUGGAACAGAAUUGAAGAUGGAUUAAAGCUGUUCGGCCAAGAAGAGGUGCUCAUCACAGAAGAACAGAGGGGCAGCACAGGAUGCCCUGGGGGACAUCUGGUGUCAUCUGUAGCACCUGGUCCUCCUGGCAGUUUUAAUGACUCUUCCCAGCUGCUUGAAGCUUACAAAAUGACCAGUCGACCCUGUGGAGUAUGCCUGAUCCUGAAUAAUCAUAAUUUUGCGAAAGCUAGGGAAGGAGUGCUGGAACACAAACACAUGAAGGAUCGGAAUGGGACAGAUGUGGAUGCAGCGGCUCUGAGGAAUGUCUUUAGCAAGCUUCAUUUUAGAGUAGAAGAAUAUAGAGACCUCACUGCAGAAGAAAUCCGUGAGACUGUGAACAUCUUCCAGAGUGCAGACCACGAGGACAAAGACUGUUUUGUUUGCUGUAUCCUGUCCCAUGGGAAAAAAGGCAUUAUAUAUGGUGUUGAUGGGCAGGAAGUACCUAUCAGGGAACUGACCACUUCCUUCACUGCACAGAAUUGCAGUUCACUUGCUGGAAAACCAAAAGUUUUUUUUAUUCAGGCCUGCCAAGGUGAUGCUUUCCAUAAAGGUGUGGCCAUCGAAACAGAUUCUGUAGAGGAAGAUUCUUCUCUAGAGCGAGAUGCGAGGUUUCAGCUCGACUGCAUCCCUGCAGAGGCAGACUUCCUCCUGGGCAUGGCCACCCUGCAGGAUUACGUCUCCUACAGAAGUCCCAAGGAGGGAACCUGGUACAUACAGGCACUGUGCCAGCACUUGGAGUACAGCUGUCCUCGAGGGGAAGAUGUUCUCACCAUUCUGACAGCAGUAAAUCAAGAAGUGAGCAAAAAAACUUGUGAGCGGGAUGCAAAGAAGCAGAUGCCGCAACCCAGUUUCACGCUGAGGAAGAGGCUCAUCUUUCCUGUCAACUAAGUGGGAGAGAACUGCAUGGCAGAGAGAGCUGCUGCAGCCUGGAAUUGCCUGGUUUCAGCUCAGAAUUCAGUCAAACACAAGAGACUUUCAGUGUCUGCUCUUAGCACAAGGGCAGAUAUUUUUGACUGAAAAUAAAUUGAAGAGAACAAGCCUUAAGAAAUUUGUUACUAACACAUUAAUUUGUAUUAACACUUUAUACUUGAGAGCAUCUCUGAGCUGGUCUCUGAUUCAUCUCUGAUUUAUUUAGCUGAUCUCAGUGGUUUGCUGGCUAAAAUACACUUGGCGUCCACUUAUCAUCUGUACCACAUUGCUAUUGCUUUCAUAAGGUAUCUUUACAAGGCAACUUUUAGAAGACAACUAUUGUAAAGCUUUGUGUACUCUUUGCCUAACCUUUGCAAAAUAAAGAGAGGAGUGCUCUAAAUUUUAUAGGA